AUGAAUAAAAGUAAUAGUUCAAGCAGAGGAGGUGGAGGUGGAUCAUAUAGAGGUAGAGGUAAAGCAGCAUCAUCGACAACUACAACAACACAACAGAAUGGUGCAACAACUGAUGCCAACCAACGACAAGAUAAAUUCUAUCUUCGAAAGAUAUACGAUCAAGAUUAUCAGAAAUGUUUGAAAUUCCUACAAGAAUUCAAAUCUUCACCUUCAAAAGAUGGUUCUAUCUAUGAUAAAUAUAUGAUAAUGAUGAAAGAAGUAUUCGAUAGGAAAAGAAAAUUGUUUGAAAUAGAAUUGGAAGAUGUAUUUAGAUUUACGAAUGACCGUGAUUUCGUUAGGAGAAUAGAGACGAAUACGAUGAGCUAUAUUCGAUUGUUUACCAGUGCACUCGAGGAGUUGAUGCCAGAGCCAGACUUUACCACCGAUUCGAUACAGUCGACGAUCGGUGAGUCCAGUGACUCGGUGAUUGACUUGAUCAUGGCGCAUCGUGCUAAAAACAUGAUGGCCAAUAUCGAUGCUGCCGUGGGCGAUCAACCGCCACGACCGAACCGGUCACUCGGAAAGGACGGUGGUGGCGCGACAACAGGUGGCGCCAACGCCAAGAAACGAUCGGCCAAAAAGAAUGAACAUCUCAAUGUGUUACCACCGGAUUUGCUGAGGCGAUUCGAGUUGUUGAUAGUACCGCGUGUCGCGCAGCAGUUCAAACCAACAAAGAUUCGUGAGAUUAGAAGUGAACAUAUCGGUUGUUUGAUUACACUCGAGGGAAUUGUGACGCGUGUCACCGACGUCAAGCCAAUGGUGACAGUGGCCGCCUACACCUGUGACACUUGCAAUGCCGAGUGGUUCCAGGAGGUGACCUCACGUGAAUUCAUGCCGAUUAUCAAAUGUAACUCGGCGGAAUGCUACAACAACAGUCGCGACACCAACAAGAUUGGCAGUCUCACACUUCAAAGUCGUGGUUCCAAUACAGGAAAAGUCAGAGAACGUUCCGAUUGGACAUACUCCACGAACUAUCAAGGUACGUCGCCCGGUGACUUGGUCACUUUGUUUGGCGUGUUCUUGCCAACCCCGUACACCGGACACAAAGCAAUACGUGCCGGUUUGCUCGCCGAUACCUAUGUGGAGGCAAUGCGUAUUGUACAGCACAAAAAGACAUAUGAACAGUAUCAAAUGACACCGGAAAUGGAGGAAGCAAUCAAGGAGAUUGAGGAUAGCGAUAUCUACGAGCGACUGGCGAUGUCUAUCGCACCGGAAAUCUAUGGACAUCUCGAUGUGAAGAAAGCGCUGUUGCUGCAGAUGGUUGGUGCAGCCGUCAAGAAGAUGCCCGAUGGCAUGAGCAUUCGUGGCGAUAUCAAUAUUUGUUUGAUGGGUGAUCCUGGUGUCGCCAAAAGUCAGCUGCUGAAACACAUUGCCAAGAUCGCACCGAGAGGAAUCUAUACCUCUGGCAAAGGUUCUUCGGGUGUCGGUCUUACCGCUGCAGUAAUCAAAGAUUCCGUCACUGGUGACUACGUGCUGGAGGGAGGAUCACUUGUUUUGGCCGACAUGGGUAUCUGUUGUAUUGACGAGUUUGACAAGAUGGAAGAUGCCGAUCGUACUGCCAUUCACGAAGUGAUGGAACAGCAAACGAUCUCCAUUGCUAAAGCCGGUAUCACCACUACUUUGAAUGCACGUACCUCCGUACUGGCAGCAGCGAAUCCAGCAUUUGGAAGAUACAAUUUCAAUAAGAAACCGGAUGAAAAUUUCAAUUUGCCACCAUCGCUGCUCUCGAGAUUUGAUUUGUUGUUUUUGAUUGUCGAUCGUCCCGACUUGGAGUUGGAUCGUCUGCUCUCGGAGCACGUAACCUUUGUGCAUCAAAACAGUAAGCCGCCAGAAUUGAAAACCGAAGUAUACGAGCCAGAGUUUAUUCGUUGUUUUGUCAGUCGUGCCAGGAAAUACGAACCGUAUGUACCACCUCAGUUGACGGAAUUCAUUGUGGAGUCGUAUGUCACCAUGCGAAAGCAAGAAGCCGACCAGAAAGUUCCACUUACCUAUACUACGGCAAGAACCCUACUGGGAAUACUCAGAUUGGCACAGGCGCGUGCCAGAUGUAGAUUUAGUGAGACUGUCGCGCAAUCCGAUGUCGAAGAGGCAAUGCGACUGAUGUGGGUAUCGAAGGCAUCGAUCCGUACCGACCAGAAGAAGAAGAGAGUCGAUCCGAUCACCUCUAUCUACGCAUUGAUUCGUGACACCUGCAAGAAACAUUCAUCGAGUAAAAUACAAUUGCCUGACAUGCUAAAGAUGGUAUUGACAGCUGGUUUCACUCAGAAUCAAUUCAACCGAUGUCUUAGCGAGUAUCAAGAAAUGGGUCUACUCAUGGUCAACGAUGAUAAAUCAUCAAUCUCAGUUAACACAUCUCUUGAGCAUUCAGAUUUGUGUGUGGUCUCAGCAUAUCUAACAGCUCCCAGAUGCACAUUAGAACAUCCAAUCUUCCAAUCUUGGCAAGUCCAUUCACAUUUUAUAACUCAAGAUUAUACAGAGGUUGUUGGUGACACGAAGAUUAAUGAACUUUACUUCCCGUCUGCCUCUUCUAAAGAACAAGUAUAUGCCGAGGCAAUUUUAGAGCAUUCAUACAGAGAAACUGUCUAUUGUUUUCUUACAGAUGAAUUUAUAGUUGGCCAAUCGAAAAUAUGUCCGGAUAAAGAUACUCAUUUCUAUAGAUGGUCGGAUCCAGCGAUAUGGGGUGGACAGCUGCCACAAGCACAUUAUAGAAUUACAAUUAGCGAAAGGGUUUUAUUGGAUGUAUCACCACCUCCACUCUUUGGCAUUGAAAUAGAUAAGGGUGGUCUGUUGGUUUUCGAAGACGUUCCGGGAAUCACUCUGACCACUGGCUAUAUAACGUUGUCGGAUGGCGGUGCUCUGGUCAUUGGAAGCGAUACUUGUCCAUACCAGAACAAGGUGACAAUCACAUUGACCGGUCACUCGGAAUCGAUUGCACCCAACAUAACACUGAACGGGAUUAGCUACGGACAGAAAGUGAUUGCUGUCGCUGCCGGUGGAACGUUGGAACUACACGGAGCGAUUCCGCCAAUGACUAGAACGGUCCUAGUGAAAACAGCAAUGCCCGGCAACAACUUCUUGGAUGUAUUGCACAGUGUUUGCAACUGGUGGAAACCUGGUGAUCAUCUUCUACUGGGAAGUACAGACUAUGACGUUGGACAAACAGAGAUGGUGGAGAUCGACAGUUGUCUUGGUAGCCAAAUCAAAUUGACGAAUCCACUGAAAUACAUGCAUUAUGGCGAGAUUACUCUGGGAUCGGACCAGCGUGCCGAUGUUCUGCUAUUCACUAGAAACAUUGUGAUUGAAGGCAGCCAGGAAUCGCAGAGCUGCGUUUCCAAUAGCGAUUUGGUUUGUGCGUUCUUUCCAUACUAUACAUUCGGUGGACAUAUCAUGAUCACCAGAGGAUACACCAGUGUUAGUAUCGAUGGUGUUGAACUCUACAAUAUGGGACAGCAACACAGUGAAUCUAAAAGAUUCCCAAUUCAUUUCUACAAGGUUGGACAGCGAACAGCCACCUACGUUAGGAAUUCCGUUAUUCACAGAUCGUUCAGUAGAUGCAUAGUAUUGAGUGGCACCGAUAGUCUAACCAUUAAGAAUAACUAUGCAUACGACCAUAUUGGUCAUUGCUUUAUGCUACACGACGGUAUGGAGAUGUGGAAUAGCUUUGAAGGCAACGUUGGAGUACUCACCAAACAUGGAUUGCUAACGCCUUCCGACAGAAAUUGUGAGAUGUGUCUAAGAGUGAAACCCUAUGAUUUCAAUGGAGAAACAACCAGUUGUAGUGAAUGUAAUAGUUUAGCAACAUUUUGGUUUGCAAAUCCAUAUAAUAUGGUGAUUGGAAAUACUGCAGGUGGAUCAGAAAAUAUGGGAAUUUCAUAUGUAUUUCCAGAGUAUCCAACUGGCGAUUCUCGUGUCGACGGAAAAGAACGAAAUAUACGACCAAUCUAUUUGAGUAUUUGGGUAUUUGAGAACAAUACUUGUCAUAGCAAUAGGAUAGGUCUUCACGUGGAUGGUGGAUUGAAGUUGAGUGAACCAUCCAAGUCGGAACCUCAACAGCUACUCUCCGCUAUCAAAGCUCGUUACCGACCACAACUGGACCCCACCUCGAAUAGCAUGAGAAUAGCUAUGCUGAGAGGACUACAUUGCUUCAAGAAUCGAUGGCGCGGUGCAUGGGCACGCGGUGGCAAUAUGAUUUUCAAAAGAUGUGUUUUCGCUGACAAUGCCGUUGGACUUACGGUGGCAUCCGACGAGGUAUACCCAUAUGAUCAAGUCUACCAACAGGUUACCAAUUGUCUAUUCGUCGGCGAGACUCGUAAUCUUGGACAUGCGCUCUCGGUGUGGUGGAAUCCAUCGAUUAGAAACAGAACGAAUCCCUACGGUGACAAUGGCAAUAUGCCGGUGAAGGGAUUCGAAUUCUAUCAAGGACCUAUAUCGAUGUGGAAUUGUACGUUCCGAUCGUUCGUAAAAGACAACAGCACUGCAGCGAGGAAUAUCAGUGCACUCUCGUGGUAUCGAUAUCACGACGACCAGUUCUCACCGCUUUCCGUCAUGAGCAAUAUCAACUAUGAGAACGUAACUCAUCGAUUCCUACAGAAUGCACAGGUUAAAGAUGGUGACAAGUGUCAGAACAUAAGAGAUGGCGACGGUAGUUCAACAGGCAUUGCCAACUCUGUCAUUCUACCAAAGUCAGAGUUCUAUCAGCACGAUACAUGCAGAGACUAUCCGUUGUGGAACGCACAACUCUGUACAACACUGCUGUCCUAUCUAUACAUAAAGAAUGCCGAUACCUAUCAUUCUCAAUUCAACGGUAAAACAGGCUCAGCUGUCGUCGUCAAAGAUUUCUUUGAUUCCGAGUUGAAACUGACGGGUCUACCAAACAGCUACUAUCACUACCAUUUCCUGGCGUUGGUCUUCAAAGACUCUGACUAUACCAUUCACUUUGACACCCAUCCAACACCGCCACUUUUAAUCUUCGAGGCAAUCGGUUGGGAUGCCGCUGACUCUAUGAACAUAGGUGUCUGCAUUGGUAUCAAUAACAUUCAAUCGAUUCGGCUGGAGAAGAUGAAAGGCGAUAAGAUUCUCUAUGAAUAUCAACCAUCGUCGAUGGUACCAGUAGCAAACACAUCGCCGAUAUUCGAUCAAUAUCAUUAUAGCUACGAUCGUAAACAAGGCAUUGUUUAUUUCAACUUGCAUCAGAACAGCAGUAGACCGACAUCGAUGACCGUUUGUCCGAUCGAUGGUGGUUGUGAACAGGUACGUCUCAAUGUUACGUAUUCACCUGGCGUGGCAAUGGCAACCGGUGAUUGUCGUACACAUCGCUACAAACAAUUCUUGAGUGUCUACGAUGAGAGUGUUACCUACCCACUUAGGAUCAGUAACCAGAGUGUAGGUGUUACCGUUGUUAACGGCGAUGCUGCUGCUGUCGGUAGUAACUUUGCAUAUCGCGGUAGAAACUAUCUAUCGUUGAACACAGAGCAUCUGGGUAAUCGACUGCGAUUCGAAUGUAAAGAUAAGAAAGAUUGUUUGUUCUCAGCUGCGCACAGUCACUUUGAAGUAUGGAUACGAGGUACACAACCAAGCAAUUGGGAUACACCAAACUAUCUUUCCAUAUCGCUAUUCAACAACAACAACAACAAUAAUUUUAAUGAACAAACAAUCGAUUGUAAGAAUAUAAUCAAUAAUCAAUGGUCAAUCUUUAGAAUAUCAAUGAAAGAUCUAUUAAAAGUAAACAACGAUCAAAUCUAUUUCGAUGGUAUACAAUUCAAUAUUGUUAAACCUUACAAAGGUAUCAUCUAUUUAGAUGAUAUUAAAUUACUUUAUUUAUAUUAA